UCUGAUGCCCUUACGCUGCAUGGUCAUUAACCAGUGAACACAGGCUGCAGCUGAAGUGUCACUUUCCAAGUCAAGAGACAAGAACUUCACUGCAGACAUGAGUCGUGUCUUGGACAUCAAGCGCUGUGAUCUGAAUAUCAAGAGUAACAACAGCAGCCACCACACAGAGCUGUAUAGAGAGGAGCGUUUGAUUGUCAGGAGGGGACAACCCUUCAUCAUCAUUUUACAUCUGAACCCUGACAGCAAAGAGUUCAAACUGGGUGGAACAAGCUUCACACUCAUUGUUGAAACUGGUCCGUUACCCAGGAAACAAUCAGGCACUAAGUUUUCCUUCAGUCUACGUGACCACACAGUGGACACUGAGUGGAGUGCAUCUGCUAUUAGUAAUUCCCCUAGAAACACAGUGUCUGUGUCCAUCAGUUCCUCCCCUAACAGCCCCAUAGGAGUUUAUUCUCUGACUCUGGACCAGGAAGGGCAGAAGACCAGUCUAGGACAGUUCACCCUGCUUUUUAAUGCUUGGUGCCCUGGAGAUGCUGUUUACAUGCACAGUGAGGCGAAGAGGCAGGAGUAUGUUUUGGCGCAACAUGGGCAGAUCUACAGGGGGACGUAUAAACGCAUCAAAGGGACUCCCUGGAACUUUGGACAGUUCGAACAGGGAAUACUGGAUAUCUGUCUGAAGAUCCUGGAUAAAAACCCCAAAUUUUUAUCUGAUGCUGACAAGGACUGCUCUGCCAGGAGAAAUCCUGUCUAUGUGUCCAGGGUGCUGAGUGCUAUGAUCAACAGUUGCGAUGACAGUGGGGUGCUGAUUGGAGCGUGGAUAAAGUUUGAAGGUGGGGUUCAUCCAGGACUGUGGAUCGGCAGUGGGGACAUUCUGCGUAAGUGGGCAAAAAGUGGCCCCGUCAGCUAUGGCCAGUGUUGGGUCUUUGCUGCUGUCGCCUGCACAGUGUCCCGAAGCCUGGGCAUCCCGUGUCGAGUGGUUACUAACUUUACAUCAGCUCACGACACUAACGCUAACCUGGUGAUAGAAAACCUGUAUAAUGAAGAUGGUGAGAGAAUUUCUGGUGAUGAUAUGAUUUGGAAUUUCCAUGUUUGGGUGGAUAGCUGGAUGACUCGUCCAGACUUGGGAUCUGAGUAUGAUGGGUGGCAAACCAGUGACCCGACCCCACAGGAGAAAAGUGAUGGUGUGUACUGUUGCGGACCAGCCUCACUGAGGUCCAUCAAGGAAGGAGAGCUGACCCUGAAGUACGACACUCCCUUCAUUUUUGCUGAGGUUAAUGCAGAUGUUGUGGACCUGGUCAGCCUGUCAAAUGGAAAGUUUGUCAAGUUCGGUGGCUCAACUAAGUCGGUUGGAUGCUUCAUCAGCACCAAAGCUGUGGGCUCAGAUAACAGAGAAGACAUCACACACCAGUACAAGUAUCCAGAAGGCUCCAAGGAGGAAAGGAAGGUGUAUGAGAAGGCCAAGCACCACAACAAGCUACAGCAGCAAGGAGAAGUGCCGGGAUUCCAUCUCAAGAUCAAGCUUUCUGACAACAUGAUCGUGGGCUCAGACUUUGAGGUGUACGCUGUCCUCACUAACAACCUCCUGGAGGCAAGAACCUGCAACUUAAUGUUCUUUGCCAAAGCUGUCAGCUACAACGGGAAACUAGGAGAGAGCUGUGGAUUUACUUCAGACAAAGUGACGGUGCCCGCUGGAGAAGAAAGGCGCGUGUCCCUCAGACUGAAGUAUGAUAAUUAUGGAUCAGUCAUCAACUCAGACAGACUGAUCCAGCUGUCAGCCAUCACCAUCAACAAGCAGACCACUGACUACCAUAAGGCUGAGAAGAUUAUUGUGUUAGAUGAGCCAGAGAUAAAGAUCAAGCUGAUGAAAGAAGCCACAGUGAACCAGCCUGUGACGGCAGAGAUGACCUUGUUGAACCCUUUACCAGAGCCGCUGCAGGACUGCAGCUUCACCGUUGAGGGGGUUGGCCUCACCGACGGCAAGCCCAUAACAGCCAAGAUUGAAGCUGUGGGCCCCAAACAGGAAGCCAGAGCCAGUGUUAAGUUCACUCCCAGCAGCACUGGCUCCGGCGUGCUGUUGGUGAACUUUGAUAGCGACAAACUGAGGAACAUCAAGAGCUUCAUCAAUGUUGUUGUGAAGGACUGAGUCAGUCUACAGAGUCUAACACCACUACUACUUUUUUAUUUUGUUGUUUGAUUGGACUUCAGUGUCUGCAGAUUACAGGACUGCUCUUGGCACAGAGGCCUGAGGCUUUGUUUUUUAAAUCCACUUGUUAUUUUCAUCCACUUGUUAUUAUGCCAUCCAAAAAGGUAACUUUCUUUCUGAGUAAUUGAAUUUAGAAAAACAAUUAUUCACAUCCACUAACCAUAAUGUGCAUUAGCUUCUGUAGUAGGCUACAAUAGAAUAAAUAGCUCACACAUUUAUUUCACUUGAAUGAUUAAUAAGGUUGUAUUGAUUUUGAUUUGGUUACAUUUAAAUUUCAGCUCCUUUUAGGAAACAUGUUGUUAAUGA